CUUCCCUGUUUUGGAGGAGGCUGUUGCAAAGCAGUGUUCCCAGACCCACACUGAGCUGGCCUGCUGUCCCCUCGUCAAUCUGAGUUGCCUGCAAGCUGCAAGGGUCCAUCUGCUCCUUCAAGGGACAAAGAUGGGAGGUGACUCCAGGAGGCUUCUGGGCUGGGGAUCCAUCCUUCUUUGCCUGCUUCUGGCCGACUCGACUUUGGGAGUGGAAACGUCCCAGUUCUGCUACGGCACACCAGGGCUACCGGGGGUGCCAGGCACUCCUGGCAAAGAUGGGCGAGAUGGCCAGAAAGGAUCCAAGGGAGAGCAAGGUGCUCCAGCCAUUCCGGGAAGCAAAGGUCCAAAGGGGGAGAAAGGAGAGUCUGGUGGACCUGGCCUGGGUGGGAAGAAUGGGCCCCGAGGUCCUCCAGGCUCUCCUGGGGAUCCUGGCCUGAAGGGUGAACCAGGCAUCUCAGGCGAGCCGGGCGGCUACAAGCGCAACUACCAGUCGGCCUUCACGGUGAUGCGCCAAACCCUUCAAUACCCUGCCAAGAACACGCCAGUGAUCUUCAACAGAGCCAUCACCAAUACCAACGAAGACUACAACACCGAGACGGGGAAGUUCACCUGCCGAAUCCCGGGCCUCUACUACUUCACCUACCACGCCUCGCAUACCGCCAACCUCUGCGUGAAUAUGUACAAGGACCGGGAGAAGGUGGCCAGUUUCUGCGACCACAUGUCCAACGCCAAGCAAGUCACGUCGGGCGGGGUCCUGCAGCAGAUGGAGGCUGGGCACCAGGUCUGGCUUGCCGUCAACGACUACAACGGCAUGAUUGGAAUCGGCGGAUCGGACAGCGUCUUCUCCGGCUUCCUGCUCUUCCCCGACUAGACCCUCUCAAAGCUCCGGAACCACCCAGCAAGGUCUCACUGCAUGGAUCCGUUCCAGAGCCCCGUGUAACUGCUUCUUUCCCUCUCUCUGGUUCCAAAAAAGGAGUCUAGAGCUCAUGAAAAUGCUUUGAAUCGUUUUGUGGGGUUAUUUUUGUUGUUGUUUUUGUUUCCAGCUGGUAUGCAUUUGCUUUGAAACAAAGGCCGCUGGCAAAAUUCCUGCAAUAAUCCAAUAAAUAACACACCCAAAGAGUA